UACCUCAGGGGUAUCAGCUGACCUGCUGUGGAGGUAAAGAGUUCAGAGUCAAGCACAUAUGUAGAGGUGGCUGUACUGACAUUUCAAUAAACUUCCUCUUAACAACCACAAACAUAGCGCUCAGGGGUCACUGGCUGACCCCACUCGCAGUCACCUUGAAACUUGUUUAAUAUUGGCCUGGCGACACACAAUACACAACACACAAUAGCUGCUUCAAAGGCAGUAAGUCUAUGACAGACAGGUUUUCUUGUCGUCCCCGAAGAAGCUCUCGUCAGCCACAAUACUCACGUCUCACUGCCGCCUCGGUUGGAUUGUUACGUCAGACCGAGGCUUUAAUCAGGGUCAAGGUGUCGCUACGGCAGAACUUUCUGCUCACUGCACUCCUUUAAAAACUUCUAGGUAAACAGAAGGAGCAGAAGAUGAAAGUUGUGCUGGAAUUCAUAUUCUUCUACUUCUGUUUCUUAACUGCAGCUGACACACUAAGAGUGGAGCUACAAUGUCCUGCAUUGUAUCAAGAUGGAGAGAAUAUUAUUACUUGCAAUAUUAACAAGACAGCAAUGGCAGAGGCACAGUGUUUAUCUCUCAACGGAACAGUGACAUUUGAGCUGAGUUUGAACUCUGAGAAAAGAGUCGCAUGCCACUUACCCUUUGACCCAGGAAUGCAGUGCAUCCCACGCCACCAACACAGUCCUGGAAGCUGCUGGUGUGAAGAAUCAUCAGGAGACAUCAUCACCUACAAGUUCUCCUACAUGGCGAGCACUACUCACGAUAGGGGCAGACAACUUGAAUGCAGUCUUCGUGUUUGUUCACAGAAAUCUCUGAAUAUCAGCGUUACCGACGGAUGCACCAACAUUAAAUUUGCUGGCGGUCAAAAUUCAAUAUUUUCAUUCACGAUUGAAGAUUUUGGGACAGUAGUAGCGCUGGUGAUAAUUGCUGUAAUGAUCACUCUUUCAAUAAUCAUGUUUUGUCAGCGCUUUUGUCGCUGUUUCUUCAAAAAGAAAAGGGAUGAUGACACUACCUCAGCAGGAGCGAGGUACAUGAAAAUAACUUCACACACAGCAAGGAUUCAAUGAUGAAGAAACAAAGAGCUGUUCAAAUCGUGAAUGGCAAAUUAAAAGCUUUCAGGACAAUUCCAUAGUUUCUGACAUUUUACCAGUGCAAAAAGAGUCAUUUUAUAUUUACGAUUUUAAUUACUUUUCUUGCCUAAUUGCUGCUGGAAGUCUUGUGGCAGAACUGAUUUCCGUACAACUUAUUUUAUUCCCAGAAGCCACCUGCCGACAUCUUGGUCUCCAUGUUGGCAGAUGUUAUGAAAUCUCAGCAGUAAACUGUGAUACUGUUAGUGUUUUACAGCUUCUACUGUUCAUUCAAAUAAGAAUUAAAAUAAUAAACU